AUGGAUCAGCGCUGUGGGCGGUUCGUUCAGGGCCAUCGCCAGGCACAGGCACAGGCACAGGCACAGAGGCUCAGGCACGAGGUACCGGUACCUGGGCCGGGCCAAUUGGAUGCACCACCACGGCCUGACCUGCGUUUCCGCAACUCCCACGCUUGCCUCCCCACGAUCCACAGCGCCAGGGACGUCCAAAUCCCCGAUAGUAUUCCCAGUCGAGGACCAGCAGCGAUUGAAGGACAGCACGACACCGCACCGCACCGCUCAGCACAGGCCCGUUGCUGGGAGUGCUGUCGAUCCGCUGAGUGGCCUCUCUCUCUCUCUCUGUCUCUCCUCCUUCGCAUCAGCCUCGUGAGCACCGCAAAGACAGAAGAACCCGCCAUUGUCUCGAGGUCAUGGCCGGCUGCCACACGCGCGCAAUACAUCCAAUCCCACGACUGCGACCCCCGACCCACGCUGUACGACCAGCGCCAGAGCAUGCAGCAACCGCCCUCCUUAGUUGGCGACCGCAGCAUCACCGGCCUGGGAGACGCAGCCAGCCGACCAAAUCUCUCUUCAUCCUCGCCUACCGUCACCAGCGCGCCCUCGGCACCGACAUCGCCACCGCCGCGGCCGCCAAUAUCGCUGAAUCCCCCGUCGCGAGAGCCUCCUGGCGUCGAGCCCGUGCUCCGCAUCACGCCAGUCCCGCGCUCCGUCUUUGCCUCUGUCCACCAGCCGCGCAAGUCGUCGCUGGUCCAGACGUCGCACGUCCUGCCCUCGCCCAGGACCGCCGCCGCAGCUCACCAUCACCAUCCCGUCUCGCAUUCCGCCUCUGGCAGCAGCGGCAGCAACGGCAGUGGAAGCGGCAGUGGCAGCGGCAGCGGCAAUCUGCUGCGUCAAACGCAUCGCGACACCGUGCACCCCCCCGUCAAGCGGCCAUCCACCCCGUCGUCGCAUCCCACCAGGGGCGCCAGCACCGGAGCAUCGCCGCAGCAGGGCGCCAGCUCCCGAAACCGCUCGUCGACGUCGCCCGUUUCGUCCCCGGCGAGUCGCACGCCUCCUUAUGCAUCUCGUCAGGCCUCAGUUUCCCAUUCCCGCCAGCAGCACAACCACCAUCAUCAGCACCAACACCAGCAUUACCACUCCCACACCAGCUCGACUACCAGUCGCGCCAGCAUCGAGGCCGUAGUCGGUGCCGUCCCCGAUCCCUCAGGUCACCGAGCGCCGCCGAAACCCCGUCGACCGGAUCGCAACCACUUUGGCGCGUCAGAUCGCAGCGCAACUCCCACCCUGUCGCACUUCAUGAGGGCAGAGUCGAGCAUGUCCAUGAGACAUUACGAGAGCGGCCCCUUACGCUCCAUGUCGCCGAACCCCUACGGAACCCCUGCCGCCACCACGACGUCGUCCACUGCCAGAAUGCCGCACGAGCAGAGCCACGAUCCCUACGCCCCUCGCGGCCACUCUCGCGAUCACUCGGGGAAGAGCAGCAGAGACAUGGGCAAGCCCCGAGCUCAGAAGAAUCCCUCACAGAAGGCGAUGCUCUCCCGUGCCCUGCAAAAGGCCAACACCGCAGUUCAGCUCGACAAUGCUCAGAACUUCGAAGGCGCUCGAGAAGCGUACGCCGAGGCUUGCGACUUGUUGCAGCAGGUGCUUGACCGAACACCGGGAGAUGAGGACAAGCGGAAGCUCGAAGCCAUUCACCAAACUUACACCAGCCGCAUCGAUGAGCUGGAUCAGUUGGGCCCUUGGCAGGUUGAGACCGUCAAGGCUCUGCCGGCGCGGCCAGAGAGCGAGGAGUACAGCGCGUCCAUAUUCAUACCCCAGGAUUACGACAUGGGCGAUGAAGCUCCCAGGAUUGAGACGGCACGGGUGGUGAGCUACAUCGCUGGAGACAACGCGUCUCCCUUUGCAGCAGCGCCCAACCAGUGGCAGCAGUCGGGAGGUCACACGGCAUCUGAACGGCUGCAGCCCAACCGCGGUCUGGAACCGGGUCUGCUACAGUCGUCCUUCUCUCGGGCCCCGAGGUCGCCCAGGCGGCUGCAGUCCACCGAUGAUCUUCGCGCACAGCAUCAGGAGGGCCAGUAUGCGCCUCCCCCACUCUCGCCUCGCUCGCAGUCGCCGGUAAAGACGCAUGACCAUGACGACGACAUGUUUGCCGAACUGCCACCACACGAGCCCUAUCAGUACCAGCAAGAGCACGACCAUCAAGACCACCAUCAAGACUACCAUCAACAUCACCGCCAUCACAACCACCACCAUCACGAACGACAGCCCAGCGAGACUGUCCUAUCCUCAUACGAGCUCCAGGGUCAUGUGGAUGGAGGAAUCCAAAACUCAUGGCUAGAUCCAAUUGACGAGUCGGGAGGCUCAACAGCGUCGUCUGUACACUCACGCACCUCUUCGCUUGGCUACCGUCGACGCCAUAUCCGGGCCGUGAGCGGGAACACCGAGGCCGAGUUUGACACGGCGCUGGACGCUGCUAUCGAGGCUGCCUACGACGACGGCUACGAGCCCAUGGACUCUGUAGACUAUGGGACCAUUGAUGCUGGGGGGGACAAUAGCAUGGCAGGCGUAUUGCACAAGGUGGAGAUGGCGCGCGAACGAGCGAGACAGACGGAGCAGGAAGCCUAUGACGAGCUGGCCAACCUCCGACAGGCGCACUCACAGAAUCCGCAGCACCAGCAGGAGGAGGACAGGUAUACUGCCGAGGGAUUCUACGAGGACGACUCGUCUGAAGAGGAGGAGAGACUAUUGGACGAGAUUACACGCGACUUUGCCAUUGAGGACUUUACCAUGGAAAACCCGAAUGGCACACAGGUGUCAGCUAGGCAGCAGGAUGCAUGGAACGAGGACGAGACGAGGCCGGAUUUCAUCUCGGGCGUCCGAUCCUUUUCUGCCCUGUCGCAGAGGCCACCCAUUCCUCAGGCCUACGCCGCCAACGCCUCGCAGCCAGCAGCCCCCCCUCCGACAUCCGCAUUGCCAGACCUGCCACCAGGACGCCCUGGUCAAAAUCCAAAGCAACUCAAGAUCGAGACGGCAAACAUUGUACAAACCCAGAAGUCGGUCUAUGACGACGACGAAAUCUCCCCAAGCACGCAAGAGCCGCCGCCCGAGACGCUCGUCCGGACGGCGAGCGCGCAGCCUGUAAGGCCACCGAUACCGACAGAAAGCUUCCCAUCCGAACUCAGUGCUCCCGCAUCGCCAACCGCCAAGAAGAGGCUUCUGGAAGGAGAGAAUGUGCUGAAUGCCUCGCCUUCUAUCCACAGGCUACGGAAGAACUUUUCGUCUUCUAGCUUGAGGAGCAUGAAGAACAGGAACAUGUCCGUCUCACAUUUGGACGACAGCUCGGAUGCUUCCCCCGGCACCCCCCUGAAUGACCCCUUCAACAAGGCACCUGCCGUGCCCGUGCCCGCGCUGCCGACCCCCUUGCUCGCGUCGUUCAAAGAUCAUAUGGAGGCAGCGGCCGGUGUUGGCUUCCACCUGUUUGACGACGAGUUUCAUGCAGCGGCGGCUGCCGGCCCCCAAAGCCCGCAGAGUCCCAGAAGUCCCGUUGUUGUCUCCAUGGACGUCCCUGUGCCUCUGGAACCCUGUCCAAACGACUUCAUGCUGCGACCGUUUUGGCUGAUGCGAUGCCUAUACCAGACACUUGUGCAUCCCAAGGGUGGCUACAUCAGUACGAAGCUAUUCGUGCCGCGAGACGUCUGGCGGGUCAAAGGUGUCAAGAUCAAGAACGUGGAGGACAAAAUUGCCAACUGCGACUUUUUGACUGCAGCCCUGCUGAAGCUGUCCAAAGUGGACACUCUGGAUGCGGAUGCCGUGCUGGAGGAGAUGCAAGCCCUCGAGGGCAUUCUGGAGCAGAUACAGCCGGUCCUGGCCCGAAAGCUUGGAAACGAAGUGGGCGUUCAAGGUUCCGGUCUGCUGUUCAAAGACGCCUCGAUGAUGGAAGGAGACCCCGGUUCAGCCGUGCCGCGAUCAGGAAGUGUGUCUGGCAAGGCGUCUGCGUUUUCCUGGCGACGGCUUCGGCCAAAGACGUCGGGCGUCGGGCUGGGAGGGUCGUACAGCAGCCGCAACGCCAGUGCUGAGACGAAGGAGGCCUCAACGCUGGCAACGGUGCCCAUGACGCCGAAACCGACAAGCCGUUCGGCCAAGCGAGACGUGAGCCAGGUUCAGUUCAUCGGGCCCAAUGCGAGCUACAUGGGCUCUCUCGCGCGCUUGUUUGACGCUGCGCAGGCAGUUGAUCAAAUUGCAAGGCAGGUCGACGACCCCGGUUUGCGGCUUGCGGACAAGACUCAGGUCGGCUUGGAGCUCUGCACCCGGCACGCCGCUGAGUUCUUUGGCUUUUACAUUUGCCGAUUCGUCUUGGCCGACCUCGGCCUGUUGCUGGACAAGUUCCUCAAACGAGGAAGCGAAUGGGUCAUGACAUGA